CUGGCCCCCGCGCCCCGAGGAUGGCAGCGCUGCCCGCACGAGUGGCUGGCGGCGGUGUCCCUCCUCCUUUUUUUUCCAGCGGCGGCGGCGGCGGAUCAUUGUUGUGUGGGAGGAGGGCGGCGGGGAUGGACUUGAUCUCUCCGGUCUCCUGCUAAGGCGGCCGCACAACGCGUCCCGCCGCCCAGACAGCAUCCGCCAGGGCCGAGCCGAGCCGGGCAGGGAGGGACUGGCCCCCGCCCGCUACCCCGGCGGCUUUAUUUCUGGGGGCUCUGCUGCUCCUCUCCCUCGCCCUUAUUUCCCCCAGCGCCCCCCCGCUCGCACACACGCACAGGGACACGCACGCACCCUCCUCCUUUGCCCUUUCAUCCUUUCCCCCCCCUCCGUCCUCCCGCGCCGUCUCCUGCCGCGGCAGAUGCGCUGGGGGUCACCGCGCAGCUGGGACUAUGGUGAAAUUUCCAGCGCUCACUAACUACUGGCCCCUGAUCCGGUUCCUCGUCCCUCUCGGCAUCACCAACAUCGCCAUCGACUUCGGGGAGCAGGCCUUGAAUCGGGGCAUCGCUGCUGUCAAGGAAGAUGCUGUGGAAAUGCUGGCCAGCUAUGGGCUGGCAUACUCCCUGAUGAAGUUCUUCACAGGUCCGAUGAGUGACUUCAAAAAUGUAGGUCUGGUGUUUGUGAACAGCAAGCGAGACAGGAUCAAAGCAGUUUUGUGCAUGGUUGUGGCUGGCGCUGUAGCUGCUGUAUUUCAUACCUUAAUAGCAUAUAGUGAUUUGGGGUAUUACAUUAUUAAUAAGCUACACCAUGUGGAUGAAUCAGUGGGAAGUAAAACUCGGAGAGCCUUCCUUUAUCUUGCUGCCUUCCCUUUUAUGGAUGCCAUGGCAUGGACUCAUGCUGGGAUUCUGCUGAAACACAAGUACAGUUUCCUAGUGGGAUGUGCCUCCAUCUCAGAUGUCAUAGCUCAGGUUGUUUUUGUAGCCAUUUUGCUUCACAGUCACUUGGAGUGCAGGGAGCCUCUCUUGAUCCCUAUCUUGUCCUUAUACAUGGGAGCACUUGUCCGAUGUACCACGUUAUGCCUCGGAUACUACAGGAACAUACAUAACGUCAUUCCUGACAGAAGUGGGCCUGAAAUGGGGGGAGAGGCUACAAUAAGGAAGAUGCUGAGUUUCUGGUGGCCUUUGGCGUUAAUUUUGGCAACUCAGCGAAUAAGUAGGCCCAUUGUCAACCUUUUUGUUUCCCGGGACCUAGGCGGCAGUUCUUCAGCCACAGAGGCAGUGGCAAUCCUAACAGCUACAUAUCCUGUGGGACACAUGCCUUAUGGCUGGCUGACAGAAAUCAGAGCAGUAUACCCUGCUUUUGACAAGAAUAACCCGAGCAAUAAAUUGGUGAACACCAACAGUACUGUCACAGCAACACAUAUCAAGAAGUUCACUUUUGUUUGCAUGGCAUUGUCCUUAACGCUCUGUUUUGUGAUGUUUUGGACACCAAACGUGUCAGAGAAGAUUUUAGUUGACAUAAUCGGAGUUGACUUCGCUUUUGCAGAGCUGUGUGUUGUUCCUUUGCGCAUCUUCUCCUUCUUUCCAAUUCCAGUGACUGUCAGAGCACACUUGACGGGUUGGCUGAUGACUCUGAAGAAGACAUUUGUGCUGGCACCCAGCUCAGUGCUGCGGAUUAUCGUCCUCAUCGCUAGUCUCAUUGUGCUGCCUUACUUGGGAGUUCAUGGAGCCACUCUUGGAGUAGGAUCCCUUCUAGCUGGUUUUGUAGGAGAAUCAACCAUGGUUGCAAUAGCAGCCUGUUACGUCUAUCGGAAACAGAAAAAGAAGCGGAAUGAGAAUGAAACAGCCACAGAAGGUGAAGACUCUGCAAUGACCGACAUGCCUCACACAGAGGAAAUGACAGACAUCGUAGAAAUGAGAGAAGAGAAUGAAUAAAAAAUGGGAUGCAAUUGUUCUCUGCAGGGACGAUUGGAGUGACACUUCAGCAUCUUGUCGUCUCUCAUACUUUUUGUUUGUUUGUUUUUAUUUUUGUAAUAAAGAGGCCUUGAUUUAAAAGGUUUCAGAUAAAUUCUCUAGCAUACUGAGUAUGCUCUCACUGAUGAGGGACCUAAAAAGAGGUCUUUGCUUUUUUUCUUUUUUUCCAAUUGAAUCUGUUUUUUCACUCCAUGCAACCAUAAAAGAUACAAUUGCAUCACUGUAGAGUCUUCCUUAUGCAUCCACCUUCUCUGGACAAUCUGCAUUUGUCAACCAAAGCCCUGCUUUCUGUGCCUGUGUGUGUGUGCGUGCAUGUGCUUGCACGCUCACACACACACGCGGGGCACUGGCUCAGUGCUACUGCCAGAAUCCUGCUCCCUCCCCUCUUUGCUUUUCCUUCCUUUUCUUUAUGAGAAAUGCAAAGGAAAAGAAGUUUGGAAUACAGAGCUUUAUUUUACUUGCUUGAAAAUGACUUUGCUACAUAAACUAAUAUACUAUGGUAAACUAUAUCUUUUUGUUUGGCUUCAUCACUAGAGCUUAUACUGCACAGGGUACAAGACAGGGAGGAACAUGUAAGUCUCCACAUACAAAGUGGAGAAAAACAGGUUCUUUUCUCAUGUUAAAAAAGUGUGUGGAUGUCUAUAUACACACACAGGUACAUAAACAGAGACAUACAUAUAUAUAUUUAUAUAUAUAUAUAUAUGCAUACAAUAAAUAAAAUGCACACAGGACAAGAACUCUAUUUAGCUUUCAUUCCAUCAGAAAGAUAAUAGUCUUUUGACAAAUGUAAACAUUUAAUUCAGAAUUUUCUUGAAUCAUUAAGCCCCAUUUUACGUAUCAUUUUCUUUAGAAAAAAAGACAUGCACUUUCCUCUUGUGAAGAGGGUGAUGCCAACUGAUAGACUUUGACUGUAUCUGAAUUAAAAAGAAAUAAAUAUUCACAAGCUUUACCAAA